AACUGGAAAGAUUAAUUUUAACAAAAUGUUGUCGAGAAGAUAAUACACGAGUGUUUCAAAAAUUCGCGCGAGCGCCUGUUAUCUUCUCUUUCCCACGCGUUUUAGCGAUGUGACAUGAGUUCUAUGAGCUUUGGCUGAAGUGUUGCUAGAAAACGCCGGAAAUCAGUGUGUUUCAUUUUAAAUUGGACGUAAAGCUAUGCACAGCUUCUUUUAUGUCGAUGCAAAUAAAUCUGUCGUUUAUUUAAAGUCCCGAAAAUAUUUUUAAGACGACUAGCAUUUCAGGUGUAUAGCUUACCCAAUGAAUGCCCGCAAUUUUUUCGCGAACCAAAAAUGUAUUCGACGUCACCGUUACAACAACCACUUUUGAAUUCCGUUCUACCAGAAACUGCAACCGCAAGUCAGUGCAAGUUAAAUGGAAUAUUUCUUAUGGAGUUUCGUCCUCGGCAUAACAUCUGCACAUUUUCAGUACGCUCAAAUAUUACAUGUAUUGACAUCGAAGUUCGUCUCCAACCAAAGCAAAUUGAAUUUUACUUUCCCUAUAAAGAGGAGAGUAUCUGCUUUCAAAUGCCACCGUUCUUUCAACUUGACCUGCGUGGACUUAGUAAGUUUGAUACGGAUCAUACGUGGACCACGUUAGAGGAUGGAACCCUUUCGUCAAUUUACAGUACUUCGUCAGGAUUAACAUUCAUAAAAUGCAGAAUGAUCAACCCACCCGAUACUCCGGUGCCUAGCGUUUUCAGAGGUGAAUUUGAACAGGCUUCCAACAGGUUUCACGACAUACGUUGUGAGGCAUGCUUAUCGUCUAUGUUAAAGAAACCCGUUUUAUUUAGAAGAAUACUGCCCUGUCCCAACAGUGGACUGUGUCCGUCGGAAAAUGAUUUUUUUUGUCACCCAGUGCACGAAAAUGGACGUAACUGUCAAGGACAACCACAUGAGAAUAGCGGGACAACAACACCUAAUUAUCGAGUAGCUCUGGAAGAAGCGGCCAAUGCAGAGGAAGCCGCUUAUGCGGAGCGAGAUGCUGCAAAGGCAGUAGCUGCCCUUCGAAUCGUGCAGACAGUUGUGACUGUUGCAGCUACAAGAACAGUAUGCACGAAAGAUAAUAGCCAAGACACCGGCAAUUUACCUUUGGGACCAGUUGAGACAGUGUUGAGCAAUGACAAGAGAGCAAGUACUUCUAGUCGACACGAAGAAGAACCAAAAGAAGAAAAACGAACCUGUAUUGAAGAUCCGUACUCCAAGACGAUAUCAAUUAAGCCAAGCUAUUCGGCACUACAGUUAUCGAGUGUCACCUUAAAAAAACGCUUCGUAAAGAACAUUGUCUCAACAAGCAAUGCUACGCAAGGAGAAGAGGAGGAAGCAAGUAUCGCCAAAUAUCCUAACGAGAACGUCAAAGACGUUGAUCUGGUUGUAAACACAGGUAGCAUAUUAAAGCAAACGGUGCGAAUUAAACAAGAGGACGGACACCUACAAGUAUCGCUACCUGAUAUUUCUGAGUACUUCACAUACGUGUCACGCGAAAAUGAACGACUGGCAAACGUAAAGCAAAAGCCAAUAACACUAGAUGCUAGCGAGCUGUUCUUCACGGUCAACAAGUUUGUCGUCGACGAAGAGAUUUUGUCAGACGAUGUCGCGAAACAAAUACUAGGCGACAGUAUUCUCUGUCCCGAAUGUAAGAUAAUUGUGGGUGUAACAACGUAUCCGCGAAGUCAACCUGUAAAAAGCAAUUCAAGGCGCGUAUCAUUCUACCGGGUUCGUGUGCUGCUUGAAAAUUGUGAAAAUCAGGAAGUGAUAGCAAAACUUAGUUACCAGCAGCUUAUAGCUCGGCUGCUUCGUCAGCUCAUUGCGUACAAAUUUCAAGUCCGCCUUUUUCUGAUGUCGGAAUCAUCACCAGAUGUUUUAGUUAUCUGGGUCAUGGAAAGCGACAUUCUUGUCUAUGACAGCGAGAUAUCAUUUGAACCUGAUACUGAAAAGAAACAGAUACACUUUAAAAGGAAACACAAGGUGUUAUUCACGAAGACACUUCGGAACGCAUCUUACAUUCAGCAUUUCUCAAACGCGGUGACAGUUCUUAAACAAGUCGUGCUGCAGGACACUUUGGAUCUGAUCUAUGAGCAGCUUGGGGCGUCGACAAAGUCAAAUUUCUUUCGCGAAGAUGAAUCUAACUUUGAAGGACACGAAAUCGGCUACAUUGACGCGCUUGCUUAGAUCAGGCCUAACAUUGUUAACCAAUGUAGCUAAAAACAAAAUAUGAAAUGCCAAAAACAGGUGUGCAUUGUAUAUACAUAAAUAUAUAUUCAUCUAAAAGCGUACGUCUAAUGUAUUCUUCUGCAUACUUUUACCAUGGGCAUACUAUAGGACAAAGGUCAUGUGCACAUAUUACCUGCACUGUAUAAAUCAUUAACUAUAUAACCUAUGAAUUGUUUAUGCUGAAGAUAAAUAGCCAUUUUUGCAGCGUUAACAAAUAUAUAUGUAUUUAUUGCCUACUAGUGAUAAACUACUAACCGAAUAGCGGGUAGCUUACUUAGAGUUUCAAAUGAAAAAUGAAAAAUUGUGACUCAAUAAAGUUCUAAACAUAUUUUCUCAGUGUAAUGUAUAUAUAUAGUUGCGGAAACAAAGGAACGGAAAUGCAAUAACAACAUAGAACAAGCAGACGUCUAUUGUUUUCUAAUAGAGCUAUAGUUAUAGGUAAACAUAUUAGAAAUUGAAAGGAGAGCAAUAAAGUAAACACGC